AUGGCCGCAAACAUCACCUUCGAAGCCUUGGAUGAGCAGGACUUACCUGUGCUGGCCCUGGGCUGUUGCUUGUCUGGCCUCGGUGAAGGCGCAGGAGGAGAGGAGCCCUUCUUCGUGGUCGUGAAGAGUCUGGAGAGCUUGCCAUACGGGCGGCUAGUGGCCCAUACUCGCCCGGCAGCGUUAACGGAGUUGUACUCGCGCCUGCAGUUUGAUGCAGACUUGAGGGUACCGAGUCCGGAAAGUCCGGCCAACACUUCCCAGGAGCGUCGGCUGGCAAGUGCCAAUAGUGACGAUAGCGACGAUGGUGCCGAAGGCCGUGCCGACAAACAGGUUGCCAAGAGAACGCUGAAGACGAAGCAAGUCUUCAAGGUGGGUCUGAGCGCGUCUUUGAAGCUUGACCUGGACAUGCGCGCGCACCUCACCGUGGGCGCGAACACGAUAUUCGCGAGCUACACCAUCGGAUGGACCGUCGAGGCUCAAAUUGACUUCCAGGCCUCGACUGGAGUACAAAUCAGUUUGCCCUUUGACUUUGUCAUCGCAUCGUUUCCAACCGUUCCCCUCUUUGGGCCGGUUUACCUGGCUCUGGACGUGGUCGCAAGCGUAACCUUCGCAGGCACCGUCUCAUCCGGCGUGAAAACUAAGCAAGUCGUGACGUCUGCAGAGGAGCACGUCUAUGAGGCCACCUAUCGUGAUGAGAAAUGGGUGGGGGAUCAUCGCAAGGUCAAGAAGGAUUCCUCCAUCACUGGGACUACCGCAGAGCAGGGCCGAAUAGACUUCACCGUCACUCCGAAGUUGGGCGUCGCUGUGAAGUUUUGGAACAUCAUUGGAUUUGAGGUGUCACUGGAAAGCGAACUGAAGUUCUCGAUUGGGGCGGCGCUCCCCAUAAGCGAUUUUGUGAGGGCCAACGUUGAGCAACGCGGCUUGCAUUUGAUCGCACUUGGGGUGGAGCUGGACACCUUCGUAGCCCUCGCCUUGAGUUGCGGCUGGCCUUUGGUGAAGGACUUGGACGACUCGAGCUCCGGAUGCCCAACCCUGAUUGCAGGUCCGCUAGUGAAGAAGUCCCUCGCGAUUGUUCCUCUUUACAGGCUACCCACCUUGAAGAUCAAACCGCUUGGUUAUUGCGAAUUCUCCUUUGAGCAUGACAAUGGCUACGGUUUCGACAGAAUCCUGUCAUCGACUGAAAACAGCUGGGCGUUGCAGUCCGAGUUCGCGGAGAUUGUUGGCUCCAAGAACGGCUACCGCGUGCGGAUCAAAAAGAAGAAGGAUGGCAAAGGACCACCAGGUUUCCUUCACCUCUACCAGAAGGCUAAGGGUAUGAAUGCUCUCCGCCUCUAUACCGCCAUGACGCUGGAAAUGUUCCACUUGGCUUGCGCCUUGCCAAAGGACGAGAACGAAUGCUGGAAUGCAGAGAGCAAGUGCAAGUGGAGACGACGCCGGCCCCCGGGAACGGAAAUCGGAGACCCACAUUGCGUCACCUUCGAUGGCCUGACUUUUGAGUGCAACUUCCUUGGUGAGAGCACGUAUGCCAAGUGCGAAGAUUUGAAGGUGCACGUGUUUGCUGAGCAAAUCUUGCCAGACAGGAAGGCCACAGUGAUCCGUGGCUUCGCUGUCCAGGAAGGCCCUGAGGUAGCCUAUGCCCUCGUGCACGUUGUGAACUCCGUGAGCUCCGUGAACUCCACUGCCUUGAGCGCUCCUUCCUUUAGUGUUUUCCUGGAUGGGAAAGAAAUGAAUGAGAAGCAGGCCCUUGGCAGCCACAUCUUCCUCCAGCUGCAAGGCACAGACACUCUCAUAGUGCAGACGCAGCGCGGCCAUGGGCUAAGGGCCGUCUUCCACUCUACCCACAUUUCGCUCCAGAUGACGCCCGCAGAUCAUUGCUUCAACCAGAUGGAAGGCUUGCUGGGCAAUAACAACGGCAACGCGGAGGAUGACUUGAAGCCUUUUGGCUCAGACCAUGCAAUGUCUCCGGAUGCCCGCGAAGAGGACAUCUAUCAGCAGCACGUGCUGUCUUGGUGCAUUGAUGAUGCGCGAACUUCACUCUUCCCUCCAGAGCACUUUCACCCUUGCCAGCGCAGCUUCUGGCCUGUUUUCAGCGCAGACCUGGACAGGGCUGCUUGCCCAGACUUCUGUGAAGGUGACGUGCACUGCUGCUUUGAUUGGGCAGAAGGAGGUGAGGAGAUGGCCAGGCAGUCCCACGAAGAGCUCGGCUCAGUGAAGGCAGCUCAGAAUGUGGCAGUUCCUCAUGGCAAGGAGCCCCCAAGCUUGCACCUGCCAUCAGAAGUCUGGCUCGCCCCCCACGCAGAGCCAAUGCUUCGCCUCAGUGUGCUUGCAGGAACAGCUCAAAACAACAGCAUCAAGGAGCUGACUUGUUCCCUGUGCUCCACGCAAAGCACGCAAAGCACGCAAAGCACGCAGCUGGUGGAGGCCGCAACCUGCGAAGCUUCAGGGCUGGAAACAGCCGAGGCGUCGCUUGAAGUCCUUGUCCUUGCAACGAACAACAUCACGUCGCUGCUCGGGACAUUGGACUGCUUCGCAACGGACGCGAAUGGCCUCACGACCAUUGGAGGAGCUCGAGUCUAUCUGGAGACAACCACCACUACGACCGUGACGAGUACGUUGACUUGGAGCACGAGGAGCUCCAGUACUGGCUCUUCCACGUUGGAGUUUUCACAGACCACCGCCACCGUGACGGGAACAUGGACUUCUUCACGUACAAGCAGCUCCAGCACAGGCUCAUCAACGCUGACAUCGUCACAGACCACCGCCACUGUGACGGGCACAUGGACUUCUUCACGCACAAGCAGCUCCAGCACAGGCUCUUCAACGCUGACGUCGUCACAGGACGCAGUGCCAGAGACAGUCGCGAUUAUCCGAGCAAGCGGCGUGGUUUUGAGUGCUGUGUUCCCUGCAGACCACCGCCACUGUGACGGGUACAUGGACUUCUUCACGCACAAGCAGCUCCAGCACAGGCUCUUCAACGCUGACAUCCAAGCGGCCGUGGUUUUGAGUGCUUUGUUCCCUGCAGACCACCGCCACCGUGACUGGAACAUGGACUUCUUCACGUACAAGCAGCUCCAGCACAGGCUCAUCAACGCUGACAUCCAUGCGGCCGUGGUUUUAAGUGCUUUGUUCCCUGCAGACCACCGCCACCGUGACUGGAACAUGGACUUCUUCACGUACAAGCAGCUCCAGCACAGGCUCAUCAACGCUGACAUCCAUGCGGCCGUGGUUUUAAGUGCUUUGUUCCCUGCAGACCACCGCCACCGUGACUGGAACAUGGACUUCUUCACGUACAAGCAGCUCCAGCACAGGCUCAUCAACGCUGACAUCCAUGCGGCCGUGGUUUUAAGUGCUUUGUUCCCUGCAGACCACCGCCACCGUGACUGGAACAUGGACUUCUUCACGUACAAGCAGCUCCAGCACAGGCUCAUCAACGCUGACAUCCAAGCGGCCGUGGUGUCAAGUGCUUUGUUCCUUGCAGACCACCGCCACUGCGACGGGCACAUGGACUUCUUCACGCACAAGCAGCUCCAGCACAGGCUCUUCAACGCUGACAUCGUCGCAGGACGCAGUGCCAGAGACAGUCGCGAUGGUCUUGUGAACCGGUUGUAUGUGAACGUUGGCCGGAAGCUUCUUGUCGGAACUGAUGAUGAAUGGACCGCCAGAAUAGGAUGCUGUGUCUUCUUUCGAAAGAUUCGCGAUGGGUAA